AUAGUUGUCUAUCAAACAUGUUCAUUUACUUCUAAGUCAAAUUUAUCUUUAUCCGAAAAAAACCCACUAAGCGAUCAUGUCUCGUAUUUCUAAACGGGUUUACGAGGCCCGAUCCGCCUAUCCGGAUCGGACCAAGUCCGAGGAAAAAUCCUUCACAGAGCUGAAUGUGCCGAUCAAGAAAUUGGAAACGGCCCUCCUGCUGCUUAGCUCCGAGGAGGAGUGCGUCCUGCUCACUGUCUUCAGCCACAUCACUGACUUUGCCCGCCGGCAGGAUGUGAAUGUCCUGGAGCUGAGGGCUCAUCGCUUGCUGGAGCUGUUGCUCGAAAAAGAAUUAUUCAUCAAUGCUACGAACACGAUGAUCCGUAGGUUUGCCUUGUAUCUUCUGACCGCUUUGCUGGACAACACGGAGAUGGCCACCUACGAGCCGGAACAGGCCAGACAGAUCCUCGAACUGGCCUGCAGAUUUUAUUUAAAUGAGUCGGAUGACUUCUGUAUCGAGUACUUGACAUAUAUUUUAAAUGUGUGCCUGAGAGAUCCCCAGAUGGCGCACGAUACUGUGGAUGCCACGGAGUUCCUGGAGAAGUUUAAGCGGGUUUUUGUGAACUCUGAAAAUCCAGAUACGGUUUACAAUUCCAUCGAGGUCCUGCAUAAACUGCUCUUGGUCCAAACCGCCGAGCAGAUGUUGGAAUUUACCACACAGCCGGACUUCCCCGUGGAUCGGAUCAUAUGCGAGGUGACCAACGAGUUUCCGGAGAUUCGAAAGGCUGCUCUGAAAGCGUUGAAAACGCUUCUGACGGAUACGGGAGAUGACAGUGUAUUCGAGUCACUGCAACGCUGCUUCUCUGUGUUGGAUCAACUGGUGAAGGCCUUUUGCAAUAAUCCUCAGGGUACCGAUGCCUCCGACCUGGUCGAUGUCCUGGCAACGGCAUUGCGUUCCGAGAAGAUGACCAAGCUGUUCUUUGAGCAGAAUCUGUUUGACUUGGUGGUGGAACAGGUGCGCACCCAGAUGGAUAUCCUGCCGUUGGAACUGCGUUGUAGUCUCAUCGCGAUCUUUGCGGAAACGGCUCAGUACGAGCAAUUCCUGGCAAGGAUGCAUAAGGCGGAGAUCACUGAGAUGUUCCUCCAAUGUCUUAUGCAAAAUAAGCCGGCACCGGCGGCCUUCGUGAUUCAGGGCCUUAGUCGUAUGUCUCCUUAUCCGGAGGCACUGCGUCGCAUCGUUGCCGAAUACGAAAUGGGAGCAAUCCGGAAACUGGUGUCCAUUCUCCUCUCGCCCGAGGUGCCCAUCAAGACGCGGGAACAGGCUGCAGAUUUCGUGGCCCGUUUGUUGGUGGGCGCCUUCCGAGAUACAGCUGCCGAACUAAAGGAACAGGACGUGGCUGUCGUACUCACCGCUGUCCUGGCUCAGGGCUUGCCUGCCCUGUCCAUCGACUUGAUUCUCUCGCUUCUGACCAUUAUAGAGACCUUGGCCCAGAACGAGGAGUAUCGCACCCUUCUGGGUGAUUACCGAUCCCUGUCCGAACAACUGGCUCAGUUGCUGAUGCGCUCCUACGCUCACUCCAUCCUGGUGAACAAUAUUUUCCGCUGCCUGUGCACUUUGAUUGACGAGGAGCCAGUACGGGAGAUCCUUCUGGACAACUUUAUUGUCUCAUCCAUCAAGAGAGCCCUCAAAUCGUUGUCCAAUUUGGUCAAGACCGCAGUUACCAACUUUAUCCUGCAAACCACUCGGUUUAAUGAGUUUAUUGAUGCCUACAUCGACAGGGGAAUCCUGGAAGUCCUGAUGGAGUACCAGAAGCACGCCUUCUGCGUUUCCACUUGGGGUCCUGCCAUCGAGAGCAUUCUGUCCAAGUGCCCCACCAUGAAGUUCUGCAUCCGAAAUUGUCUCACCUUCACUGACAUUACAGCUGGCAAGGAUUUCUAUGUUUCCCGCAAGAAGUUUGAGGACUACCGCGCCUUCCAAGAGAUCCUGCGCAGCGAUUGCUCACCUUUGGAUGCUGUCUUGGUGGUUAACUUCGAUCGUCCUGUUGCAGAUAGCAACGAUGUGGUCGACGUCCCACUGCGAUGUCUGAGUACAAUCUCGGAUGCUCCGGGUGAUCAGGCCUGGCAAUACUGCAAACGUCCUGGUGAUCCCAACUUACCAGAGUAUUUGGAGGCACUGAAUCAGACAAUGGGGGUUCAUGGUCUGGUGGAAAAUCCGGAGCGUAUUCGUCGCUCCAUCGACUUUGAGAACGUGGCCAAGCGAAGCAAGCUGGUCGCCCAGGCGGUGGCCGCAGUGAUGAACGAAAAUCUCAAGAUCCUUGACCUCAACUCCACGGAGGAGUGCUCUCGCCAUGCAGUCCAUUGCCAUUUGCUGGAUCUGCGCCAUGUCUACCACACAAACUUUAUUCCCAUUGGAAUGGUUCGCAGUGGCUGUCAGUUCGAGCGGGCGAUCCUUUUCAAGGCCAUGGCCGAUCAGAUCGGUCUGCCCUGCACCCUGCAGCGCAGUGUCGACGGCAGGAUGCUGUACAACGAGGUGCCCCUGCCCCUGGAACAGGAUCGUGAUGUGCACUGCGACAAGAAGACUCUGAAGUUCAUGCCCUGGCGCAUGCUGAGGCCCACCCAUGUGGUGGAUCUAAUGUACAAUGUGGGUGAUCUGUAUCCCAUGCAGAGUCGUCAAGCACUGCAGUAUCUACGCCUCUACUGAUGCCGAUGAAUCUAUUAUUCAUAAUAUUCCGUUUUGGUUUUCAAAAUUUAACUGUCCUUUUGUCCUUAAAAAUACCAACUAUAGAUAGUUUCCUAAAAGAUAUUUGAUUUUUUGAUCAGAGAUGUGAUGCAAAAUUAAGCGAUUAUAUAAAAAAUGUAAUGAAGUCA